AUGUCAGCCUUUCUUGAACAACUUCAACCAGAGCCGAUCUUUCAAGUGGGGAUUCCUUCAGUUGACAGACCUUUCGGCCUUCAUUUAUGGCCUCUUUUCAACGCUGUUUUUCAAAAGAUUGCUGGAUACCCGGCCGAAGAGUUUAGGUUUGUUCACAACCAAACCUUUUUGGCGAACGGUUGGCACGCUAUUGGCAUCAUCGUUGUUUACUAUGUCAUAAUUUUUGGCGGUCGUGCUCUUUCAAAUGCCGUGGGAGUACCGGCUUUAAAGUUGAACAUUUUAUUCCAAGCUCAUAACUUGGGUUUGACUAUAGCCUCUUUGGUUUUGUUGUUGUUAAUGGUGGAGCAAUUGGUGCCCAUUUUAUACAACCAUGGGCUCUUCUAUGCGGUAUGCGACUCAGGUGCAUUUGCCCCAAAGUUGAUUACAUUGUAUUACUUGAAUUACUUGACUAAGUACUGGGAGUUGGUUGAUACCGUCUUCUUGGUUUUGAAAAAGAAGAAGUUGUUGUUUUUGCACGUGUACCAUCAUGGAGCAACUGCUUUGUUAUGUUACACCCAGUUAAGAGGUUCAACAGCUGUCGAAUGGGUGCCAAUUUCCUUGAAUUUGGCGGUUCAUGUCGUCAUGUACUGGUACUACUUCUUGAGUGCUCGUGGCAUCAGAGUUUGGUGGAAAGAGUGGGUCACGCGCUUUCAAAUUAUUCAGUUCGUCUUGGAUUUGAUUUUCGUUUACUUUGCCACGUACACACACUAUGCUUUCAAAUACUUUCCUUGGUUGCCACACAUGGGUGACUGCUAUGGUUCCGAAAUGGCAGCUGCUUAUGGAUACUUCAUCUUGACUUCGUAUUUGCUUUUGUUUAUCUCUUUCUAUAUCAAGGUUUACAGAAGCAACGUGACCAAGAAGCAGAAAAAGGAAGAGGCAACUUCUUCUAAGGUUGAGGGUGGUGUUUCUAGUGGCGUCUCUGUCGGCCCUAAAGGCACGUCCAAGGCACGUUCCAGAAAAGCCUAA